GUCCGGUAUUUAGGAGGUUGAAAUUUUGUAGAGAGCUGAUGGGGAUACCAACCUUUGUUCUUGUGUUCUCUCCUCUGCUCAUGGGUUUUCCUCUUUCUGUUGCUGGCUCUCUCUACCCUGACAUAAUUCUCGGCCCAGGAUGACAGAAAAGUGUAUAUUUAUUCGAUUUGGAGGUGAUUGGGAUGAGAAUGAAAGUUCGUACAUUGAAGACAAUUGAAAGGAAUCAUUGUGCUUAUACAUUGAAUUAUGAAGAACUUAAAUCUCACAUUUACAGGGCUACAAAAGUCAGUUCUUCAGAGUUUGAUCUUAUCCUGAAAGUUAAAUAUAAUCUUGAAUUUGAAGCCCCUCCACAAUGGAUAAUGGAUGAUGAUGAUGUUCACUUCCUUCUUUUACGAGAAGAGCUUAGUAGACUUCAGAUAGCUGUAACAUUGAAGUCUAAACAGGACGAAAGGGUUGGAAUGGGGUUUGGAAAUGUGAGUUAUGAUGAUACGGCUGCGGACAGACAAUACAAUGAAUCAUAUCAGUUUUGUCAAGAAGAGGAUGAUAUUCCAUUGUCUACCAACAUUGAUAUUCCAUUGUCUAUCAACAUUGUACCAUCAACAUUCGAUUAUAUGGAUUGUGGUCCUUCAGUGGAUGUGGAUGUGAAUGAGCAACCAGCAGGAUUGAAUGAAAUGGAUCGUGAUCAUGGAGAUGUACGUCGUUCUACAGCAGCUUCAGUGGUUCCACCAUUUGUGUCUUCAAGUCAUAGGACAGAGUUGAUUAUGCCUGGCACCUCUUCAUCUGGGACAGAGGACAUUGAAGUUGGUUAACUAUUUUGAGCAAAAAGGACUUGAAAAUGAGAUUAUCUAUUCGUCUAUCAACAAAAAUUUUGAAUUUAAGGUCAGGAAAUCAACCAAAUCUUUGUUCACUGUCAAAUGCAUUGGGGAGACAUGUAAGUGAAGCCUUCGUGCAGUCAAAAUGGAAGAGUCUGGUAUAUUCAAGAUCACAAAGUACUGCUGUUUGCACACAUGUUCUAUAGGAAUUUUGAAUCACGACCAUAAACAAACAACUGCUACGGUUGUUGGUCAGCUCAUCAAAGAUAAGUUCACAGGCAUAGGAUGUAUUUAUAAACCUUGUCAUAUUGUUGAGGAUAUGAGGAGAGAUUAUGGUGUGAACAUAAGUUAUGAUAAAGCGUGGCAUGCAAGGAAAACUGUGUAUGAUCUCACUAGAGGUACUCCAGAAUACUCAUACUCCAUACUACAUGCUUAUGGAGAAGCGCUAAAAAUAAAGAAUCCGGGUACAGUUUUUGAGAUCGAACUUGAAGAUGAUGUGCAUUUCAAGUAUAUGUUUAUGACAUUAAGGUCUUGUAUUAGAGGUUUUGCAAGUUGUCGGCCUUAUUAUUGUUGAUAGGUCACACUUGAAAGGAAAAUACGAAGACACUAUGUUGGUUGCGGUUUCUAUGGACGAGAACAAUCAAUUAUAUUCACUAACAUAUGCAAUAUUGGACAAUGAAACUGAUCGAUCAUGGAAAUGGUUUAUGUCAAACUUGAAAUGCAGUAUCGGAGAACCCGAUAAUCUGGUGUUUGUGUCUGAUUGGAUAGUAUCUAUCGGUAAUAUUAUUUAUGCAAUUUUUCCCACAACAUUUCAUGGAUUGUGCACAUGGUAUAUAGAACAGAAUCUGGUUACAAACUUUACGGAUAACACGGUUGUUGGGAUAUUUAGAGAUGCAACAAAGACAUUUCGCAUGACAGAGUUCCAAACAAAAUUAGACGAACUCCGCAGUUUUAGAGACGGUGCUGUCACGAAAUAUUUGGAAGACAUCGGUCUUCAAAGGUGGGCAUGGGUUUACCAAAUAGAAUGAAAAUAUGAUAACAUGACAUCCAACAGUGCAGAGUGUUUAGAUUCCUUAACUAAAGAGUAUCGACUAAUGCCCAUAGUAUGCUUGAUUGAACAUGUUAGAGAAAUGUUCCAAUCGUGGUUCUAUGAACGUAGGAAUUACUGGGCAUCUCGAACGACAUUGCACUCUGACUACUGUGAACCCCGAUUGGCAAGUGAAGCUGAUAAGGGCAGACGAUAUCGGGUGGAGCUUAUUGAUUGUUAUCGGGUACACG